AUGCCUGGCUUUAGACUAGUGACUGAAGAUGGUAUGGUAGUAGCAGCAGCUAGGGCCUCUUCAGAUGAGUCAUCCAAGACUAUUGGGGCUGUUGCUGCUAACAUAUACAUGGAAUACAAAUGUACGGAGAAUGCCUUUGGAUCUGCUCUGACGUCGUUGCUAAUGCAAUGCGAAUACAGUCCUGGCCAGAAGACAGCUGUUAGAGUGACACCUUUUGCCCAGUCCGAGUGUGAGGAUGAUGGGAUGCUAGUCCUUCUGGCUGUAGUUGGACGAGAUGAGAGGGAGUAA